UUCCGGGCCACACCACGCUGCGUCGGCCCGAGCCGUAUAAAAGCGCCGCCGUCCGCCGCUGAGAACACACGCGAUUUCACCACCACCGCAGCAGCAGCACCAGCGGCGGGAGCAGCAAGCAACCAUGUGGAAGGCAGCGAUCUCAUCCGCCCUCUUCUUCGCCGUCCUGGCCAACGCCGGUACUCUCCGCGGUGGAUACGGUGGCGGUGCUGUCGGCGGUCUCGGAGCAGUCGGCGUUGGAACCGCAGUCGGCUACGCCGGACGUGGCUACCUCGCCGGUGGCGGUGGAGGAUACUAUGGAGGAGCCUACGAAGACAACAGGCCGAGGCCGUACAGCUUCGGCUACGUCGCUCAGGGAGCGGACGGGUCCAGCUCUCGCCAGGAGGUCGGCGAUGGCAGCGGCAGCGUCCAGGGAGUGUACACCCUGAGCACGCCGGAAGGUGGCCAGCGGAAGGUCAAGUACACGGCCGACGCGGCAGGCUUCCGCGCCGUCGUCGACACCAACGAGCCAGGCACGCAGAGCGAGAGCCCCGCCGACGUGGCCCUGCGGUCGUCCUCGCCGCCGGCCUACCUGCUCGCGUCCAAGUACGGCGCCGCCGGGUCGUACGCCGGGGCCAGACCGCGAGUUGUGUACGGGGGCACCGCCGGCCUGUACGGAGCGGGCGCCGCCGGAUACGGGGCUGCUGGCCUUUACGGGGGCCUCGCAGGCCGAGGACUCGGAGUGUACGCCGGUGUCGGGGUGCUCGGAAAGCACGGCGGUGGCGUCGGCUGGCACUAGUGAACCCGCCGUCUGCCUCUAUACAUAUCCUUGUCUUUGGUACGGGAGCCCUUCUACGCCACUUGCGCUGUGUCACAGUCCUUCUGUCCUCCAUGGUUUCGGUGUCUUGCCGUCCGCUUGCCGCUGGGCUCUGAGCAAGAAGCCCCUCCCGCUGGAUGCUGGGGCUGCUCAAGGUGUUGGUGACAAAUGUGCGAUGUGCUCUGCUUCGCUGCGCGUUAAGAAAAUAAACGUCCAAUCGUUUGCAACAAGAAAA